AUGCCUAAACGAAAAGAAAAAGCUGAGGCUCAAAAUAAGACAAACCAACGCGCCACAAAAAAGCGCAGAAUUUCAAAAGCGACAAAAAAUGCAGAACAGCAGAGUUCAGCUGAUGGCGAUGUGGACUACAAAGAAAAACUAAUGGCAACGAUGAAAGAUAAAGGGUAAGGAAACUUAGGUGAAUUUUGUCGCAUUUUGAUCCGACGAUUUUUGCUAGUUGACGUUAUAGAAAGCCAUGCAUUUGUUCUCUCUCUUCAGUUACGAUGGAGCAAACUUUGUAAAAAAUAUUGAGGCUGGUGUUGAAGACAGGCUAAAGAAGCGUGGUAAACCACCUAGAAUUGUACGGUAUUUCUUUUAUUGUGGAUGGGCACACGCGCUGAUCGUAAGUUUACAAUCGGUUAUAUAUAUAAUUGCACCUGGUUUGUUGGCAUUUUUGCACAAUUUGCGUUUUUAUAGUAAGCCGCGCAUCGUAACGUUUUUGGAAAGAAAGGCUUUAUUGUAAAAUGUCAUUAAAUUUUCGUUCAUUUAUAGAAACAGGGAAUCGGUCCGAAGGAUGCUGCCUAUGGAUAUCCUGUCGAAGUAUUGAAUUUCCUGAGAGAUAUCGCGCCAGGUGAUGUGAAAGGAGAGAUAAGAGAAGUGAGUUUGAUCAAUUCUGUACGCAAAGCCGAAGGUCACUAAAAGCCGAUCAGCUAGGGAACGAAAGGGCUAAUUCUAAUAAAGCUUUUCCAGUUUUACCGGUAGACAUUACCCUAGAUUCCAGAGCCUUCGACAGUAAAUAAUAAAUUGAAACGUCGCGAAGGCUCUGGUUCAACGGGGAGAUUCUUUGAUUAAACCGCGCCAAUCACAAAACAGAAUUAGUGGUUUUAGUUCAAUUUAUUAUUUACUGUCGCAGGCUCUGGAAUUCAGGGUAGGUAGACAUGCACUUGUGGCUAAAUUAUGGCAAAAAUGAUAAGUCGCAAAUCGAUGUUUUUAUUCUGAUUCUAGGAUGCUUACAAUAUUGAGCUGGACAUCUUUUGUGAAGCUUUGAAGAUUCCGAAGUUGUGA